AUGACACGUCACUCUUGGAAGAUUAGAAGAAGUUGGUCGUCAUCUGGAGCAUUGAGAUUACAGUUCAGAACGGUAAAUAUUUCGACAAGUGGUCUAUCGCCCUUUUCGAUUUCCAGAAUGUUGGCACAGAAGCCACGACGUCGACACCGCUUUCGAAUCCACUGGCAUAGACGAGGUGAUCAGGGAGAUAGUCAUGGGGCUCCGCAGACAACAAUCCCUAGAAACAAGACAGAUGAUGCGACGGCAUGGACAGGUAAUAUUGGCUUUGAGUCGUUUUUUGAGAAUAGAUCUGGGGAUGAGAGACUGUCCAAAGCGCAACAACGGUUGCGUGAUGCAACCUUGGAACUCAAGGAUGCCCUUCAGGACUACGCAAAACAGCACCCGGACAGAUCACAUGAAAUUUCAGUCAUUGAUAACAAGGAUUUGGCAACAGCUAUGGAGGAGGCUGGAAAGAAACCACAGCCUGAAGAAACGUUCGGACGACUGAUAGAACAGGUAGUGGAGAGCCGUGUUCAGAGAAGACAAAGGAGGUCUGGCAAACUGGCUUCUUGCAUGACCAGGGUAUACCCUAUCGCGACUCUUGUAUUAGGACUCGUCUCGUUCAGCGCGGAUGCAGCAGGUUUUAUACCAUUGAAGUUCGCCGUCAAUGGUCUGAACAUAGUUCUCUCCAAUGCUGUGGACACGCAUAAUCGAGCAGACGACAUUGUCAAAGAAUUAGAGGUGAUCAACAAUUACGGACCAUAUCUGAGAAAGCUGCGUGAGCUGGACGCUAGCCAUCACGUCUUGGUGCAAGCAACGGACCUGCUCACCGCGAUGACAAGGUUCUUGCGAACGAGUAUUUCGUAUCUCGAGUCGCACUAUUUGCAGAGAGUAAUUGCUGACACAAUUGGGCAGAAAAUGGCGGAGAGCCGACAGGCCCUAGUGGAUGCCCGGAACCAGCUAGACCAAGCGAUGAUCAACGAGAUGGGGACGACCUUGCUCAAACGGAGAGGAGAAGAACAAAUUGACACUCGCGUUCAUAUCGAAGCUUAA